AUGAAUGACAUACCUACUAAGGAGCAAGAGCAGAAGGGUAUAUUCGGAAUAAGGAUAUCGUCGGUCGGACCGGGCCAUAUAUCGGGACAGGACGCGAGCCAUGAACCGAGCAACAUGGACUUGGCGAUGAAGCUGCACUAUCUAAGGGCGGUGUACUACUUCCAAAGCCCAGCCUUUAGUGAGAUCGGUGUUAACCAGCUUAAGGCGCAAACUUUCGACUGGCUCGAGCAUUUCUACGUCACAUGCGGUCGUCUCAGACGGGCAGACCCUUCCGGCCGCCCCUACAUCAAGUGUAAUGAUUGCGGUGUCCGUUUCAUCGAGGCCGAGUGUACCAAGACGCUCGAUGAGUGGCGCCAAAUGAAGGAUCCUGAUCUUGAUCAUCAUGAGCUUCAAAAUUCCGUUCAUUUUGACAAACUGCUUGUUCCCAACCAGAUCAUUGGACCCGACCUUCAUUUUUCUCCUCUCGUACUUAUCCAGGUGACUAAAUUUCGAUGUGGAGGAGCCUCAGUGGGCCUUAACUGGUCCCAUUUGCUUGGUGAUGUCUUUUCCCUAACCACUUUCAUUAAUGCAUUGGGUUCACUAUCAUCGGGCCACCACCUGCCAUUAUCGUUCACUCAUAAGGCCCAAAUACUCCUCGAUAAAACAGAACACAUUCCGACUGAUCAAAGUUACUCCGAUCCAGUUUGCAUAAAGAGGGUCGGUCCAGUUGGAGACCACUGGACUAUUAUAGCCCAGGAACAUAAUAAAAUGGAACUUUUCUCCUUCCAACUCACAGACACACAAAUCAAUGAGUUGAAGAGGUUGAAUAUGUGCGGCCAUGAACAGAAAAUUCCAUCCUUUGGGCUUAUCUGUGCUGUCAUUUGGAAAAGUAUAGCCCAUGUUAAAAAUGGGCCUGAGCCCAAUACUGUGACGGUAUGCCGAGGAAAAGACCCUAAGGAAAGCCUGCUUGUUAACGGACAAUCGGUGUUUGUAGUGGAGGCCCAAUUUAGUGUUUCGAAAGGUGAUCCAUUAGAUUUGGCGGCGUUGAUAAAUGAUGCGAGUGAGGACGAGAGAAGAAAGAUAGAAGAAACGAUGGAAAGGGAGAAGGGCUUAUCGGAUUUCAUGGUUUAUGGGGCCAAUUUGACAUUUGUGGAUAUGGAAGGGGCCGAUCUAUAUGGGUUUAAAGUGCAGGGGAAUAGGCCCAUUUAUGUGAACUGUUUUUUGGAUAGCAUUGGAGAUGAUCAAGAAGGGGUUGUUUUUGUUCUUCCCUGCCCUAAUAAAAACGAAGGGAACCUUAUCACGCUUAUGAUGCCCCAAUCUUAUGGGCACCAACUCAUGCUUCGGCUCAAAAAUGAGCUAUUUGCUUAG